UGCAUGUGCAUGCAAAAAUGUGUUGCAUGCCUAAUGACCAAAGACGCAGCAGCAACAACAACAGCGGCAGCAGCAGCAGCAAAAGGGCUGCCAUUGACACAUUGAAAAUACGGAAGUACAAACAAACAAACAACAACAUCGGGAAGCAGCAGCUGUUGGUUUUAGUGCUGCCGAUUGUGUUGGAUGCGUCAGAAUGUAACGACACUUGGUAUAAAGCGACCUUUUUUAUGGCCCAACAAACAAAUCGAAUUACACAGCACCAGCUAAUGAUGAUGAUGAUGACUAUGAUGGCGAUGAUGAUGACGAGCUUCCUUUACAUUUUCGGUGCGGAGCGGAAAUGAUGAUUUUGCCCUUCUGCUCGAGCUGACCAAUUGAAUAUGCGAAUUGAAGUGUGGACGAGAGUUUGCCAACUUUAAGUGUGUGUUUGCCUCAAAGCGUGCAAAGCGAGCGUGCCAGCAAAGUGCACUGCAACAACAAUAACAACAACAACAACAACAACGACUGUAAAAGUGCAGCAGCAGCAGCAGCUGCUCUGGAAUUUAAUUAAGCGCACAAAAGCGACGACUAAAGCGGAAGAUUCUCUCUCUUUCUCUGUGUGAGCAAGUUGCCAUAAAUCAGCUGCAGCGGCAGCUGCAAACUGCAGCAAGCCUUUCAUUCGAGCACGGGUUUUUAACACAAAUCGAGCAGCGAGCGACGACCCCGACAAAGACCGACAAAGGGCGGUGGGAGGAGGAGGCGGAGUCAGUGUUGGAGGCUGGGCGAGAACGUGACGGCCAGCAGUGGCCAAUUAGUUGCUGCCUCCAACUAACGUUGCCAGCGGUAAUAAUUUUUUGGGCUCCAUUGAACGUCUGUUGGCUGUUAUUCUGAUGACUGCCGCCAAGAGACGUGCGGCAAGCGGCAGCAGCAGCAGCAGUAGCAGCAGCAGUGGCAGUGGUAGUGGCAGCAGAAGCAACGAGCAGCAACCAUUGCAACAGCAACAUCAGCAACAGCAGCAACAACAUCAGCAGCAGUUGCAGCAUCAUCAUCAUCAGGAUGGGCGACAGCAAGCACAUGAAUACCAGCAUCUGCUGCAGCAUCAACAUCAUCCACAUACAAACUAUCAUCCACAGCAAUAUCAUCAGAGGCAACAGCAGCACACGUCGCAGCAGCAGCAACAUCAUCAUGCGGCAUCGUCGUCAACAACGUCAGCAACAACAGCAACACUGCGCGAUUGUUCUGUCAAAUUGCCGCUGGACAUUCUAUGGCUGCCGAAAUCAGCAAUGCGACCCGUUGGCGCUGAUGCCUCGCACACCGAUUGCAUUCUAGUCGUUGGCGUUUCCCGUCCAAAGCUGGCCGUUGUCUUUCUCACGGUCAUGCUGAUCUCAUUGUUCCUCACCUUUCACGUGCUCUACGACAGUGCCGUCUACAACAUUCAGGCCGCUCAAGCGGUCCACGAACGCCAUCGUCUCUCGAUGGCUGCCUCCGCAUCGGCCGCAGUCGCUGCGGCGCCCUAUUCAUCGAAUCCGAAUCAUUUGCCAGUGUUUGUGAAACCGGUGGUUAGUUCAAAUCAGCUAAGUCAUCCCAUGGUCUUUCCCUCCAGUCGCGUGCAUUUCCCCAAGACAAGUCGACGUCUGCCCCAGGCACUGAUAAUUGGCGUACGCAAGUGCGGAACUAGGGCGUUGCUGGAGAUGCUGUAUCUGCAUCCGCGCAUCCAGAAGGCCGGCGGUGAGGUGCACUUCUUCGACCGCGACGAGAAUUACCUGAAGGGCCUCGAAUGGUAUCGCAAAAAGAUGCCGCACUCGUUUCGUGGCCAAAUUACCAUCGAGAAGAGUCCCAGCUACUUUGUCUCACCCGAGGUGCCGGAGCGAGUGCGUGCCAUGAAUGCGAGCAUCAAGCUGCUGCUGAUUGUGCGAGAGCCGGUGACCAGAGCCAUCUCGGACUACACCCAGCUGCGUAGUCAUGCGGCGACUGCGAUAUUGCCGCUGGCCGAGAAUGCUGCAACGAGCGCGGGUGCGAGUUCAAGUUCCAAUGCAAAUGCAAAUGCGAAUGCGGGUGCCGGAUCCGGAUCCGGUUAUGGGGCAAGGAUGUCAACGCAAUCGACGCUGUACGCCAAGCUGCAGGCGGCACAUAGCUACGACAAUGCGCUCGGCAGUGGCGCGGGUGCCAAGGAGACCGCCUUGGGUGGCGGUGGUGGUGGUGGUGGUGGCAUGGGAGCGAGACGUGCUGGAACGACAACAACCACGCCCACACCGAGUGUCGCCCAAUUGGCAGCCAAGUCCUUUGAAGAGCUGGCCAUAUUUCCCAACGGCACGGUUAAUGAAGCAUAUCGUCCACUCAGCAUAUCCAUGUACCACGUUCAUCUGCAUCGCUGGCUCGAGGUAUUUCCUCGUGAACAACUUCUAGUGGUCAAUGGGGAUCGCCUGAUCGAGGAUCCUGUUUCGCAGCUCAAACGCAUCGAAGCAUUUCUGGGUAUUGAACAUCGUGUGCGAAGCGAACACUUCUACUUCAAUGAGACAAAAGGCUUCUAUUGCCUGCGCUACGAUAAUGGCGAUCGAUGUCUGCGCGAGACCAAAGGACGCAAGCAUCCGCAUGUGGAUCCCGUUGUGGUCUCCAGACUGCGCAAGUUCUUUGCUGAAUAUAAUCAACGCUUCUACGAGCUGGUUGGCGAGGAUCUUGGCUGGCCAGAGGAAUAGUUUCGAGAAACAUGGACUGAUGAUUAAUAGUACUCCACCAUCCUAAUACUUCAAUGGCAAACUGCAUUGGCGAGGGGCAACACAAUUUUCCACUUUGUUUGCUGCAGCAUUUAAUUACAGGCGAAAACAAACAUUCAAGCUGAAAACUGCGUGCAACAACGAGCCGAACCGAACGGAACAGAACAGAACAAAUAGCAAAUAGUACGCUGAAGGAUGCAGAAGGACCUAGUAGAGUUUUGCAGCGAUGGCAGAACACCAUAUUUCUGCCUGUCUGCCAGCGGGCUGACAGUUCAAUUAUGCGAACUUUGGCGCCACCAAAACUCUUUCCAUUCUCCCUCCCCAUACAUCUCUCAUCUCUCCCCCACCUUACCACAAAUGCAACCAACUGCAGCGGACAAAAAUGAAACAGUGAGAAAAUAAAUACGAAUCGCAAGAGGAGGCCAUGAAAAUCUAUGGGAAAAUCGGGCAAAAAACCAACCAAAAAACCAACAACAACAAAAAAAAGAAGAAAAAAACUGAAAAUGAGAAAAACAACAAGCAAUAUCUACAUGAUGUACGAAGUUUGCGCAUUGUCUGACUGUGCGACUGUGUGUGUGCUUGUGAGUGUGAGUGUGUGUGUAUGUGAGUGAGGAUGUUGAGAGAGCAUAAAAAUUAAUUAAGCAACUAAAUGUGAUUUUAUAGCAUAUAAGCGAUACGAUAAUGUUGAAAAUGAAAUGAAUGCGUCUCAAGAUUAAUUAAUGAAUGAGACAAUUAAAUGUAUUUAGACAGAAUCGUCGGCUGAAUUAAAAGUGUGCAUAAAACAAACAACAACUAAACGUACUUACAGAUGAAAAUUUAAAAGCUAUAAUUAAUUAGUUGAUACUAGCAUAUCGCAAACAUAUCUGAGCUACUCAACCUAUAUAAUUGAAUAUACCAGAAUAUAAUUAAAUUACAUUAAAUUUCAGAGGCUAAGCAAAGAUUACAUAUCAAAAGAAAACAAUUUUGAACUCAAAACAUAUCAUUAAAAUGUUUAAAAAGAAAUCUAG